GGUCGUGCAGAUUUCAUCAUCUCAUCCACAAGUUCCUCCUUUUUAACAGCUGCUUAAACGUUUUUCACACUGAUAACGAAGUGAACGCUGAUAAGAGGCUAAAUAUGACUCAAGUGAAGAUGAAGAAAUUACGUCAGUGAACUGCAGGAAGUUGAAGAGAUCAUCUUAAAACCAGAGCGAGAACACGACUGGAGUGAGACACCAGACCUGUGGAAAUGUUUCUACUUUACCUCUUUGUGCUUCAGUCUGCAGCUGUGGCUGCAGUUGUUCAGAGGGCAGGAGAGGACGUCACUCUGACUUGUCAGCAUGAGCUGGAGGGUCAGCGGGACUGUAAUGGGACAACGUGGAGCUAUACUCCUGGAAGAAUUUCCCUAGUAGCGCUGGUUGAACUUGGGAAGCUAAAAGAGAUCAAUGAAACAGAACCAGACAGACUGAGAGUUACAGCUGAUUGUUCUCUGAUGAUAAAGAAAGUCACAGUUCAGGAUGUUGGUCGUUAUGUCUGUUAUCAAUACAAAUCAGACGGAUCAUUGGGACACAUUCAAGUCAACUGGUCUGACAUGUUUCUGUCUGUAGCAACCAUCGUGACUGAACAUGAAGUCGAUGACGAGGAGACACUGAAAUGCUUCGUGACGUCUUCAGAUAAAAGCAGUAAACAGGAAGUGAAGUGGAAAAUCAAAGAUCAAGAUAUUGAUGACGAUAACAGUCAGAUAAAGACAGAAAAGAAUGAAAGUUCUGCCACUGUGACUCUUAAAAAGUCACAUUAUCUUCACCCACAAUCACACUUCCUGAGCUGUGAAGUGACUGACAGCAGAACAGGAGAAAAGCUUCGUUUCAGUCCUCGACCCUCAGGAGACACAAACUCAACAGUAAAACCAGAAACCUUCUCAAAGUCGACCACAACUGGAACCAGUGGAGCUUCAGCAGAUCCACAAGGAGACACAAAACCAACAGUAAAACCAGAAACCUUCACAAAGUCGACCACAACUGGAACCAGUGGAGCUUCAGCAGAUCCACAAGCUGAAUCAACACGACAACCAGAGCAGACAACAGCAGCCUCCGGUGGAGAUUCACAAGGCUCGUGGUGGUGGUUGUACUUGGUUGUUGCUCUGGGUCUGAUUGUACUCCUGAUCACAGCUGUGGUGAUCAUCAGAUGGAAAAGAACCAAAGGAAAGAAGACAGUGGUGGAUGAAAACACGGCCGACGCUGAGGAUGGGAUUUCCUACGCUACAAUCUCAUACAGCAAGAAGACCAGCAGUGACGUCCGGGCUCAAGGUGGAGAUGGAGAGACGGUGACCUACAGCACUGUGAGAGCUUCUUCUUCUCCUGCAGCAGCCUCCGCUGAGCCCAGCAACCUCUACUCCACCAUCAAAUUCAAAUGAGUGACGAGAAGCAGUGUGAGGACAGUUCUUCCUCAGACUGAUAAAUAUCCUCCAGCUCAGUUUGGGAAGCAGUGACACAUCGAUCCAGAUAGUUUUAUCAUUUACAUUUCAGCUCAACUCCUGAGAAAAAAACAGAUGGAAUCUGAAGGGAAAAUGUUUCAGUUUGGAGGCUGACAUGCUUCAUGUUUGAAACAGUGAAUUCACACAGAUUCUUCGGAUUCCUGUGGUCCCUGGAUGGUUUCUUGAUAUUUCGUGUCUGUUUCCCUCUUUGUGUUUCCUCUUCCUGCUGUUUCAUGCCCUGUCACUUCUUUCCUGCUUUCCUCUUUUGUCUCAGUGUGUGUUGUUGCUUUGUGAUUGUGUUACUUAGUGUAAAUAUUAGGGCUGGGCGCGUUCACACAUUGCUUCCUAUACGCCGACAAAUAUUGUCAUCAGGCAUUAAU